AACAGCGGCGUAUUUACGGGGGGCUGGGGGUAUGGGGGAUUAAUCCCCCCUUGGCCUUUUUAGAAUAGUUAAAAAACAGAUAUACUUAAUAUUAAUAUUAUAUUGAAAUACGGAAAGCUUAACUACAAAAAAAAAGGUUAAGGGCCCAUCCCUUAUCUAUCCCCCAUUUCCCUCUCCAGUAAAUACGCCACUGCCCUAUAACCUGUAAUAAUUUGUAUUUGUAAUUUACUCUGUGACUAAAAUUAUUUGUUAUUGAUCAGCGGUAUCUUGCAGUAACCCAUGGGUUCAAUAACCAGUGAGACAAAGUAUAAACAUCUAUUUCUACAUGAAACAAUAAUUAUAGCAUGUUUGAAGUUUUAAUUUAAAUGCUCAGCUUUAACCUAUUCUCUAUUGUGCAAAUCAACAUGCAAAAAAAAUAAGGCAGUGCAUAGCGUCGAAAUACUGAACAUAGUAGGGGCCGUGAUUCAGAAAGAUUACAAGUUUGCUUAGCAACGCGAAAUUCCGAUACUCAUUUGAUUAUGCUUACAUCAUUAAAACCGUUUUCUGAUACACAUUAAUAUAAUGCCGUACAAUGAUUCCAUGUUUGUGCCCCCGUGGCACGUAUGGUCCGUCGAUUUUAUAAAUAAUGAAGAAUGGGACCAAUAUAAAGAUUAUGAAGUGUUCACUCACCCUAGUGGCCAUGAACGUUUACCCAUCGAAAUCUCCAGAAAGGUCAAAGAUUGGAAAAGACCAAACGAAUUGUUUGGCACCGAUGGAUUGGUUAUUCUUCCUGAGGGUGACGUUAGCAACGUACAGAAUUUGUUGACCGUCAAUAAGUCGUUAAUGAACGUCAAAGCCUACAGAUGGAUGUUGUAUCACAUCAUCAUAUACAUUCGUCGGUUUAAAAACAAAUGGCCAAUACCGUGGCAUCCGAUCAGUAAUAUAUUUUCACGUUGCAAAGUCACCGCGGCUUGGAACAGAAGGCCAAGACCUGUGUUUAAUCCGUUCGGGAAAUAUUGGCUAAAGCUGUAUUACAUGGGAGAGUUUCGUUUGAUAUGCGUAAGCGAUCAUCUACCUGUCGGCGAAAACGGUCAGGUUCUAUUGCCACUGUGCGAAAACAACAAAGUACUAUGGUUACCGUUGCUCGUCAAAGGUCUCCUGAGGAUUUAUGCCCUGGCUGGUGAAUUCCACCAGUUCAACACCAUCACUUGCUUGACCGGGUGGACAUGUGUUCACGAGGACUGCCGGGGUAUUUCUAAAGAUGACGUUUGGUCGGCAAUUAUGGCGCACAGUCCACGGCCGUUAAGUGAGCUUGCGAAGACCGUUACCAAGUCCGAAAGCACAACGAGAAAAUCAAAACCUGUCAAAGUGCAUUAUGAAGAAUGUUACACCGUCGACAACAAAGGCGAAAAGUGUUUCCGAGGCAAUGACGUCUCUGCUUACCGGACCAAUCCUCCCAACUCUAUAUUCACCUCCAUUAUACUGUCGCCAAAUCCUUUCAAUGAAGAAGGAAAAAGAGAUCCGCCACUGAAUCGGUCAGAGUACGACCAGCCCGCGCUUGUAAAUUUUACGGAAAUGAAAAAAAACGAUGUUAUACCCUCGUGGAAGGCAAUUCGUUGGACCGAUUGGGCAUUAGAAAAUAAGGUCGUGAAACAUCACGAAGUCCACGAGUUUCGAAGAACAAUUAAUAUGGUUACACCUUGCUCGCUUAUACUGGAAAAAUCAUGCCAGCUGAAAGAUGUAUUGCAGGGAUAUGAAGUCACCACAGAAAACAAUCGAUAUGAAAUGGAUUUCACAUAUUUAGAACAGUUUGUCGUAUCUAUGGAAAUUUACUUUAAAAAAAAUCAAGCGUUUCCAUUCGUGGAGUCCAUCGUUUUUCCUGCGUUCAAAAACACUGAACAUUGCGUCUACAUGCAACUUGAAUCACUUUUUUGCGAAUCAGCUCUUUUCACAUUGUCAACUUGUAUUAACUAUGUCCUCGAAGAUGGAACUAUGGCUAGAGAUUUGCGGUCAUCAAAUUAUCACAACCAGAUAGAAAAUCCAUUUAUCGUGGUAGAACAUUUUUACUGGCCUACAACGCAUCUAUCAAAACCCACGUUGUACAUAUGUUUCAAAAGUUCUUCUAAAGAUAUAAUCAAAUUUAAACCCGGGAUAAACGUGCUGAAAAUCUGGGGUGAGCUGCCUGAUCAUUAUUCAUUGAUCGUCGAAUCAACUGUACCGUUCACUAUUAUCCAAACAGAAGAAGGAGCCUACGAAAGCCUUACGGUCCAACCCAAAACUCUAAAGACGUUUAUCUCUAACAUACAAAAAACGUUUAACACCUUGGCUAAUGCCGAAUCCCAUACCGGCGAACACGGUCAGGCCCUGAUGCAGUUUUAUUCGUCUUUUUUGUCAAAAUCUGCAAGUCUCAAGGGCGCCUCAGAGAAAGCUGAAAUCUGCACGGCCAUCCGUAAACAUGUGCUCGAAGCCGUGUUGAAGUGGACGGAAAAAAAUUGUCUAAGUGACUUUACGGCACAUGUGGCGGUGGAAGUGUUCAAAGAAUUUCAAGAAAUGUUUCAGGAGAGGAAUUUUGGAAGCGAGCGAAUCACUCAACUUUUGAAUACCAUCAGAAAAGAACGAGAAGAACGAGAAGAACUUCAGCGCAACGUGCCUUUAAGCGCACAGCCGAGUAAACGAUCAAGAGGGGAAGACAAGUCUAGCAUAGGAGCGAAAAAAUCUCAAGCCUCCAAGAGCAAAUCCGCGGUCAAAAGUUCACCCGGUUCACCCGGGAACACUUUCAAAACAAUCGUCGUCCAAGGCUUGCAUGAGAAUAUGUUAGAUAUUAUCAGUGACGUCUUGGGACAGAUAGGGGCCGACGAAUAUCCGUUCGAGAUGCAUCAGCUAAAACGAACCGUAUUAAUUACCCAAGAAGUGGACGUCGGUAAAGUUUCCGUCAACAGUUUGCUGUUGGUGGUAUUCAAAUUUGAACUGAACGCGCACUCGCUGACGGAACCCGGUCUGACAUUGAUAUUGGUUUCGAACAAGGACGGCACGAGCAACGACUGUAGUGUGAAUUUGGAUUUGUUCGAAAACGGCAAACUUAUACAGCCGGUCAACCAAAACGGCAACAUGUAUUCGGUUUGCAGAGCCGACAAUGGGUACACGCUUAUAGGAUGGGUGUCCAAAGGAAAUGGCGAGUGUUACCAGAGCGGAUACAGGGUGUCGUUUUUUGGAAGGGUCGACGAAGUGCUGCAUACGUGCAGCGCGCGUAAAGUCGAAUUAAUCCAUCAUUGCGCUGGGACUAAUUGCGAGAAGACAGAGUUGGCCAGUCAACAUGUUGUAGAUGUAUUUCUCGAUCUCAAUCCUGAAAACGUGUUGGCCAGAGCAUCAUUGAAUAUCGAAAACGCUGGCUCUUUUUCAAUUUAUUGUCGGUUAAGUGACGUUAACACAACUUUAGAACUCCGAGUGAUGAUAAAAAACAAAAAUUAUUCAAUCAGAGCAUUUGCUCGUAAUAUAGGUGAUACUGUAUUGUUACCGUUCGUAUAUCUAGAUCCAAUUGUUAUUCUAGAUAAUACCGAAGAGGACUCGUUUGAAAAAGUAUCGUUUGUCUUAGAAGUCGUUUUAAUCGAGCCAAACAAUGACAUCGUUCAAGGUGCAAGUCCGAAACCCGUACUCGGAGACUGGUCUAUAAUCUGCGUUUACGACCAAAAGCUUACAGGUGUCAAUCUUCAGGUGAAACAAAUUGAAGAGUACACGUACAUCAGUUCAAUACCGCAACAAGCAAUCUUCAAAUCUCAACAACCUCCGGACUCAAACCGAUAUUAUAAAUCACAGAGACAAGUCGACUUUCCGGAAGACAAUGAAACAUCAGCUACACUCAGUGUUGCGGGACUAAAUCACAAUGAUAUAUUAAAAUGUAUGCUGAUCGAACAGGUAAUAUACUAUGAGGAAACCAUGACACGUCUAAUACAAUAUCAGGAUUCGAAGAAUUUCCAAACGGAAGAAGAACAGGAGUCGAUUCUGGCGGAAACCACGUAUAGGCAAAACGUUAACGAAGACCUGACAAAAAAAAUCCAAGACCUCAAUGAAGAAAACCGAAAAAAAGUCAACGACGACGUGCUCACCCGAGUGGCAAAAUUGUUCAACAUAAAACCAAAAUCGCAAAUAAACAUUAAACAGUCACGCGUUAGAAGAGUUAAAAUAUAAGCACGACCGUGCUUUAUCUUAAAAACAGUUUUUCACUUUUUUUGUUUAUUAUAUUUGGUACUGUUGUC